AUGUCUGUGAGAACUCUGCCCCUGGUUUUCAUUAAUCUUGGUGGAGAGAUGCUUUACAUACUGGACCAACGCCUGCAAGCUCUCAACACGUCUGAGGACAAUUCAGAGAAAGGAGUGUGGUCAGAAAAUGACAGAAAAAGAGUUAUGAACGACAUUGUCGGGACCAUGUUUAGCAAAGACUUUAUGGACGAACUUCUCAAACCUCAGCAGCUGUAUUCUCACAGGACAAUGAAAACAGUGCUAACUCGGUUAGCGCACGCCUCCAUCAUGAGGUUGAACCCGGCCAGCAUGGACAGGCUUUAUGAGCUGAUGGUGAUGGCCUUCAAAUAUCAGGUCUUCCUUUGUCCACGACCUAAAGACUUGCUGCUCAUCACUUACAACCACAUAGAUAACAUCAGAGAAUUUGUAAAACACACUCCUGUUCUCGUGAACCAAGUGGAUGAGACACAUAGGAAGAUCAUUGAGGUGUACACGUCUUUAUCAGAGGGUGAAUUCCAGCUUCUCAGGCAAACACUGCUCAUAUUUUUUCAAGACAUGCAUGUUCGCGUGUCACUUUUCCUCAAAAAUCAAGUCCAAAAUCCUAACGGACGUUUUGCCAUGUCCACAUCAGGCCCAGUGCCUUAUGGGAUAGAUGUUCCAGGACUUAUUAGAGCGUUUGACAACAAGGGCCGAGAACUGAGACGCAGUGAGUUCCCCACAGGAGGAAGUUACACCAGCCCCAUCAGGAAGGGAUGCUUUGAACUGCAUGGAGACAGAGUCCUCAAACUGGGCAUGAACAUGUACACUGUGAACCAUCUAGAGGAGACGCAGACAUCCAAGACUCCCUCCGUCAAGACAGAUGACGCUCCCAACCUGCUGGCCAAAGAGGAGCUGAACCUGCUGGCUCGUCUGAUGGGCAGCAUGAAGGCUGAGAACAAGCCCAAAGUUGAAACUGGCUUUCGGAUCAACUUGUUUACUACAGACGAAGAGGAGGAGGAGGCGGUGGCCUCAGGUGCCGAGGAGUCCAUGUUUGGAGUGAUAAAUAUUCAAGCAAUGCAGGAUGAACAGGCUGCGACUGAGCUGGCUCGAAUCGCCGGAGAGUUUGCAGAAGGAGAAGAGCAGCCUGAACAUCUGAGCAGCAGCAAAGGAGACGACCUGCUGGCCAUGAUGGACGACCUCUGA